AUGCCUUGCUGGCAUUCUAUCUCACCUCAAACCCAACUUCUACCUCCAUUUGAGCCUCGUCUCAAACGACUGCUACAAAUAAACCACCACACCAAAGAAAAGGCCAGAUUAGCUGGAACACUCAACGUCGCUCUGGCUGUCAAAGCUGGCUGCGUCAGCAAAACCAAAGCUUCUCCCCAACCGAAGGCGCUCAGGAGGUCGCGUUACAGCUUAAAGGACAUUCAACGACAAUCUAUCCGAGUGGCCCUUUAUGAGAGCUACAAGUAUGCCCUCGCUCACUCGCAGAAACUGGAAGCGCAACUUCCCCAGCCGUUGCUAAACGCCACAACUUAUUCGGCCGCUGCCGCUGGCUCAACCCCGUGUCCUGCUACCAGCACCUUUGCCAAAAGUGCGCUCAAACCGCCCAAAAAGUUGCCCACGAACGACAAUUUUCGCGGCGUCCGGGCUAGUACUAAUGGUUGGUGCUGCGUCAAGUCCGUCAUCAGCAAGAGCACCAUGGUCGGCAUGGACGAGAUGGAUGUGAGCACAGUGGCAAUUGACGACUGGGAGAAGAAGCACAACGUCUUGCUGGGUAACGGUGAAAAGGAAGUCAUGGUGACGGGGAGGUAA